AUGGCGGUCCCUCAUGGCAUGCUGAUUUCCCGCAACGACAUCACCCCAGACAGUCUGGUGGACUUGCCGGGGGAUCGUAAGAUUGUGGAGCAGAUCUCCAACACAAUGGCCAAUUCCUCCCUCUUCAAGAUGGAGAAGGAGGACCACACGCUAGCGAACCUCCUGCGCAUGAAGCUGCACGAGUCUCCAUUCGUGCAGAUUGCCGGCUACCGCGUACCGCAUCCCACAAAGCACAACGUGGAGCUGCGCGUGCAGACGGGGUCAAACGGGACGGACACACCAAUUCCUGCCCCGAAAAAGGCGCUGCAAGACGCGAUCGACGGCUGCUUAAAAGAUUUAGAAAUGUUUGAGGAACAGCUGCGGCGCGAGGCACAACUCAAGGGCCUCGAGGCGUCCCCUUCAUGA